GGCGCACGUCCUCUCGACUCUCACUCUCACACGCGAUCAGCGAAACUACCAAGAUGGAGCGGUUUCGCUCCAUCGACUGGGGCGCCUUGCGUCGCGACGCCCACAACGUGUUCACGAAGCUCAUCCGCACCCGAGACCCUCGCACCGGACAGGAGAUACCGGUGCCUGGACGACAACGGCUCACGAGAUGCCUAACGACCAUGGACCUGACGUCCUUGGGCGUGGGCUCGUGUGUGGGUACCGGCAUGUACCUCGUGGCGGGUAUGGUGGCCCGCAAGUUCGCUGGACCUGGCGUCGCGCUUUCCUUCAUCAUUGCUGCGGUCGCCAGUAUUUUCUCAGGUGCGUGCUACGCGGAGUUCGGCGUGCGCGUACCCAACACCACCGGCUCGGCCUACACCUACUCGUACGUCACCGUCGGAGAAUUCAUAGCCUUCGUCAUCGGAUGGAACAUGGCCUUGGAGUAUCUGAUUGGCACAAGUGCCUGCGCCCGCGCACUCAGCGCGUGUUUCGACGCACUCCUAGAAGGCUCCAUCACCAAGUACUUUGCUGCCAGAUUGGGCACCUUCUUUGGUAAACCCCUGGACUUUGUGGCCUUCGGCAUCACAAUCUUGAUGAUGCUGGUCCUCCUGGCCGGGGUGAAGAAGUCGCUGGUCUUCAACAACAUUCUCAACUCCAUCAACAUGAGCGUCUGGGUGUUCAUAAUGGGCGCUGGUGUCUUUUACGUGGACACUAAGAACUGGACGCAGCAUAAGGGCUUCCUGCCGAACGGAUGGGCCGGGGUAUUCAGCGGUGCAGCAACUUGUUUCUACGCGUUCAUCGGCUUCGACAUAAUAGCGACAACGGGCGAGGAAGCCCACAACCCCAAGAGAUCCAUUCCUCUGGCCAUCGUGCUCAGCCUGGCCAUCAUAUUGCUGGCCUACGUUAGCAGCUCCAUCAUGCUCACCUUGAUAGUGCCGUACGACGAGAUCGAUACCGAGUCGGCUCUCGUCCAGAUGUUCGCUCACGUGAACGCGCCGACGUGCAAGUACAUCGUGGCCCUGGGCGCGAUAUCCGGCCUCACUGUCUCCAUGUUCGGCUCCAUGUUCCCUCUACCGCGGAUACUGUAUGCCAUGGCGCAGGACGGACUAGUAUUCACGCAACUGGGUCAGAUAUCGGAAACCGCUGGCACGCCGGCAGUGGCGACGUUGUUCGGCGGAGUCACCGCUUCCUUCGUGUCCCUGGUCAUACAACUUGAGGUGCUGGUGGAAAUGAUGAGCAUUGGAACCCUCCUGGCCUACACGCUGGUGUCGACGUGCGUGCUGGUCCUCCGCUACCAGCCUCACUCCACCAACCUGAUCGAGCUGCUGCCGCACAGCCUGCGCACCCCCGUCGACCCACAUCCCACCGCAGACACUGUAUUCGCCGGUGGAUCAACUCACAUAAUGACGACGGGCCAGCGCGUGAUGGUGCGGCGAGUCACCCGCAGCUCGCCCGACUCCGACGACUCGAUACAGGGUGACGAGAGCGAGGAGUACGGCCGAGACGACACCUACCUCAUGAAUACCAACGCGGAGAACAAGUUCUAUGUACCCGGCAGCUGUUCAGCGCCGUCUCGCUGCAGCCGGAUCUUCGACGCGGUGUAUCGACGGCUCCAGACGGUCUCCUACCUCUGCCCCGGCCUGCUACCCUGGGUUGACCUUGGUCCAGCCACCGAGGAGAGUGGUAUGUACGUGAUCAAGGCGGUGGGCGUGAUGUACGCACUCAUCGUGGUAUUCGACCUGUUCGCGGCGUACGGCAGCCCCGGCGAGUGCACCUUCACCGCGGUGGUCAUGACGCUGCUCUUCCUCGCCAUCCUGAUCAUCCUGCUCGCCAUCUCCCGCCGCCCGCAGAACCGUGCCGGGCUCGUGUAUGCGGCUCCGGGCCUGCCGUUCGUGCCGGCGAUCGCCGUGACGGUCAACAUCUACCUCAUCCUCAACCUUUCCGUGCUCACACUCAUCCGCUUCACCGUGUGGAUGGCUAUUGGUCUAGUGGUAUACUUCAAGUACGGCAUCAAGAACUCCAAGCUGGAGACCACCGAGACUCCCCCCGAGCAGCCCCCCCCACCGAACCCGCUGAACCGCACCACCAUCCCCCCUCCCCCACCGCCCGCCACACACGGUGACAGGAAUAUCUUCGAGGGCGAUGGAAAUGGGAUGUACAGCGGACAUGGGGGUGACGUGUACUCUGACCCGCUAAUGGCGUGGCACACGGCGGAGCUGCAGCCGGCACCCUCCACCAACACGUACAAGCAGGUGGAGACCAGGUACAACACUAAAACAAACUCGACGAGCUCGCACGCGUCGAGUCGCCCGCCGUGGGCCUACCCCGGCAACCUCUACGACAACUGGGACGACUAGGAAGUAAACACUUCUACCCAUCCAUACACCGUAAUGGGACGACUAAAACCGCCACCCACUAUCAACAUACCCCAAUCUUAAUGGGACGACUCAGCCCAACACGGUUUACCAGUAACCCAACCAGUCUCACUUUCAAUGUUCUGGAUUUAGCUGUAGCUGGGACGACUGAGCAGUGAGCAGUAAGCCACAACCCUCGUAUCAUCAAUUCUGAUAAACAGAAAUUAAUACAUACUUAACUUCGAUUUAGUUUUGGUCCUGACUCCUAUCUAACAGUAUAUUUUAAUAUUCAUCAAACAUAAUUUGAUUAGUAAUUUGAACGUCAAAUGUUUCUAAGUUUUAAGUGAACACCAUUUUGUAGUAAUAUUAUACCGAGACUUUUUUAUUAUUUAGCAUAAUCAUUGUAUUGAAAUACCUGCGUUAGCUAACUAUGAUGGUGACUGUUAAGUUUGAAAUGGUAAUGACCAACUCAUA